GCAACCAUACCAACUAACAUAUUAUGCAACACUGAAAAGUAAACAAAUAUUCAAAUAAAAAACUAGUCUCCAUGACAACUCUCACGUUGUUCAGAUAUUUCUCUUUGCAUUUUUGGCUAAUAAUUCUCUUAAUACGAAUUUGCUCUUUUUUACAUUUUCUCUUUUCAAUUAUCCCCACAACAUUUACUUUUUGGGGGCAGUUCUUUUACCUGCAAAUAAGAAAAAAAUAAACGCACACACAUAGCUACUUCCGAAUUGCUGUGUGGAGAGGAAGAAAUUUUAGUAUCGCAAACGUAAUAUUUGAAGACGGUCGACGACAACAGCAAACGCCCGAAAUUGACGAAUUGGAAAAAAAAAAAAAGUUUUGAAAAUUGUUCGAAAAAACGCAUCCGAAAACUGUUAACGAAUUGAAAGUGAAAAUUGCAAAAUUUACGAAAAAGGGAAAUAAUGUAUAAAAAAAUUUAAGAAUUUCAAAAAAAUACCUACGGUGGUGAAAUUGUGAAUCCUGUUAAAUACGAGCACAAGCUGAAAGAAUCCUAAGUGCCCACUGCAUAACAAUCUUCAUAAGCCAAGCAAGGAAUCCUUUAUCCUCUUCUGGGCAAAUUUUAAAACAAUUGAAGUAAAACAACAACAACAACAAAUUUACAUACACACACGCGUAUAUCAUAUAACGAACGUGAUUUGCAAAAAAAAAAACAAAACGUGAUUUUUCUCAAAACGCCAAAAGGGAAUACAAAAAUAAUAUAAAACAACAAAAGAAACAAACGAAACGAAAAUAAAACAACAACAAUUAAAACCACCAUGAAAUAGCAAACAAAAAUAGUUGACAUCAACAACAACCACUCUUUUGUGUGGUAUUUCUUAUUUUUGCAAAAAAACACAAAUUCCAAUGCUUGAGUGAAAAAAAGUGCGGAACAAAACAAAAAACCGCGAAAAGCAACAAAGAAAUAGUAACAAAUAACAACAACGCCAAACAAAAAAAAAAAAAGCAGAAACACCAACCACACACUAUUUUUUCAUAUUGACAACGACAAUCGAGAAUUGUCAAAUUGAAAUUCAUCAGACACAGCCACGACUACCUUCGGUCAGUCCACCCCUUAAUUAUCAUCAUCAUUAUUGAUAAUCAAUAAAGAAAAAAAGUUAUUAAAAGAGAUUCCUCUUUCACAUCGAUUGGCGAGUAGAUUUCUUCCACAACGUUUUUCCCGCGUCACUGCUUCAUUAUGUAUUUUGGUUAUUCAGCUGCGAGUUGUGCCAAAUUUUGAGUGAAAGAAAUGAAUUCAGUAAAGCAUCAUCGUAUUGGAGUGUUUCUAUCUCCAUAAAUUAAAUUAAUCUGAAAAAAAGGAACAGAGGAACAACAUUAAAGCAAAGCCGGAAAAUUCCAACAUAAAAAUCACAAGUGUUGAAUAGAGAGUUUCAACAAAAUCUCCGCAAAAAAUAAUAAUAUUUUUAAUAAUAUUAAAAAAAGAAAAAAUAAAAAUCCAAUUGUGUUAAUUGUUGUUGUUCAUCUAUAAUUAUUAAAUUUAAAGAAAAUCUCUAGUCAUCUAUACAACGAGUUAAAUAAUAGUAAUAUAUAUUUAAAUAUUAGUAUAUAAAAAAAUCUGUUUUCGUUUCUUUGUUUUUUUCCUAUAUCUCACUCGCUGUCUACGUUAAAAUAUCACAAAAAAAUUAGCUUAUCGUGUGUGUUAGUUAUUUAUUUGAAAUAAAUAAAAUAUUUAGAAAAAAGAAAAAUAAUUAAGUAUUCUCGCCAGUUAAAUCGUUGUCACAAACGUCAAUCGCCAGCAUCGUUCUUCGCUAUUUUCCUGGAUUUUUGGAAUUUCAAACAUGCCUUACAAUCGAGACACAGCAUCGGCUCAAGCUGAUAAAUUGAGCGGCAUUGUGGAGGAAAGUGAUUUGUAUGAGGGCUUUGCCCCUCAUGUGGAAACGUCGGAGAUCAAGGUGCUCGAUUUCUAUAAUUUACCAAAGUCAACAGGCAAAGAACCGGCACUGCGUUCCUUUACCGAAAUCAAACAGCUGCUGGAUCAGGGCAAAAAACGUGAAGUGAAAAGUAUUUUACGGGAAAACUCAUGGCCCAUCAAUUCGCCCAUUAGAUCCCAGCUAUGGCCGGCACUGUGUGCCCAGCACAAUACCAAGCCACAAAUGGUUGAGGGUUUCUAUUGGGAGAUGGUUCAUCAGGUUUUCGGUACCACAGAACUGUCGGAGAAGCCCAUUAUGUUACCAGCAUUUGUUGAUGCAACCCAUUGCCUGCCCUAUCAUUUAACACGCACCGGUCGAGCGGUAGCCGAUCGUAUUGUUAAUGUAUUGGGCUAUGAUUGUCCAGAUAUUACUUACAGUCCAGUAUUGUAUCCAAUUGUAUCGAUCUUAUUGCAUUUUAUGUCGGAAGAAGAAGCAUACCAUUGUUUGGCCGCUCUGGUGGGCAGCAAGGAUAAAGUUUUCAUAAAUCAAACCAAAUUAUUGCAUGAAGUUACAUGGAAGACUGUCAUGCAAAUUGCCAAAAAACACACGAAAAAUGCCGUUUCAUAUUUUCAACGCAUCUGCCCCGGCGUUAAACUGGAACGCGUUUUCAUGGAUUGGUGCUGGUGGAUAUUAGCUGGUCUACCCUUCCAGCAUUUAGUACGCAUUAUGGAUUGUUUCUUUCACGAAGGCAUCAAAGUCCUGUAUCGCAUUGCCUUGGUCAUCAUUAAUCUAUUCCACAAGGAAUGUCAAUCGAACAACGAAUGGAGUCCAGAUAAUAUUAAAAAUGACAUUGGCAAUGCCUUGAUUAAGUUCUGCAAAAAAAUCCCAGUAUCACCGGCCAAAUUGUUACAUGCCGCUUUUAGUAUUAGGGGACUGAGUUCCACAUAUAUUUCUAGAAUAUUUUUAAAGACUGAAAUGCUAUUGAAAAGUCGUUCCGUUUUAAAUACGGGCAAUAAAACCUUAGUGAAAUCGCGUUCCAGCGAUAAUCUACCAACAAGUCAAUCCCAAGUCAAUAUACAGAUGAUGUCACACACGCUGACCAUAAGAGAGGGUGAAAAAUCACCCGGCCAUCGAGCCAUUGCCAUGGGUGUCUAUCCCAUACAUCAGUUGAAAUCUUUAGUCUGUGCCAACGAGGAUUUAUUUACCUUGUGGUCAUGGCUUCCCGUGCGAAUAACAAUGUAUCAACCCGUCUUAUUGUAUACCACCGAGGAGCACGGCUGCUCCUUGACAACGUUCUAUGUUCGCGUUGAACAGCAUGAACCCACACUGAUGAUGAUUAAAACGUGCAAUAAUGAGGUCUUUGGAGCCUACUGUUCAUCGCGCUGGUUUGAACGCAAUGUCAAAGAUGACAAAGGCCAACGACAGGCCUACUUUGGCACCGGCGAAACAUUCUUAUUCUCUCUCUAUCCCGAAAGAGCCAAAUAUCCCUGGGUGGGUAUUGAAAAUGACAAAGAUUUGGGACAUGCCUCAGAAUUGUUUAUGGCAGCCGAUUCGAAAAUGAUUACCAUUGGUGGAGGAGAGGGCCAAGCCAUUUGGAUGGAUGAAAAUAUCCGUUUCGGCAAAACAGAUAGCUGUAAAACCUUUAACAAUCCGCCACUAUGUCCGUCUGGUGAUUUUGAAAUACGAGUCCUUGAGGUAUAUGGUUUUGUAGGUGCUUAGACCUAAACUACUCCAUGGAGUAUUGAAACCAUGCAGUCAUCACCCGGCCAGGCGAGGUGAUACCACCACCACCCCCACAAAAACAACACAAUUUUGUGAGAUAUUAAACAAAAUAUUUUCUUCUAGUUUUUUUUUUGUGUGGACAAGAAACUAAAACAAACAAAAACCUUUAAAAUCAAGGGUUUGCUUAUGAAUAAAUCCGAAGCACAAGCCUAUGCCAAGAAAAUACAACACCCUGAAAAAUAUGAUGUUGUAAGGAAAGAUGAUGAAGAAGAAAUGCUUUGUUUUUUUAUGUUCCACCAUAGAAAGAAUGGCUUUUGUUUUGUUUAAAUUGUUUGGGUUUAAAAUAGGAAGAAUUAUUUUUCUUUCUUAAAAAAUGGCAAAACAGAAAAACUCCAAUACAUUUUCAAUUUGUUUUGAAAUUUAAACAAUAAAAAAAUAUAGUAAGCCAGCCCGCCGAGUAUUGGUAACAAAAGUCUUCUUCUUUGAAUUUUUUCCCAAUGAAAAAAAAAACUACUCCAAUUUUUAUUUGGUCUUUUGUACAAGAAAUGAAACUCACACACACACAUACACAACAAAAUGAAAUUAUUUUAGAAACAAUAAGCUCAAGUUGUGUUCGUAACUUUUUUUCUCUGAAAAAGAAAGAGGAGUUGCUUAAAACCUUAAAUGUUUUGGUUUUAUUUUCGAAAAAAAAAGAAACAAAAACACUUCUACCUACCAAUCUACCUAUAUACCUAGCUAGCUACCCAAUCCAAACCAAAUUUUAGUAAUUUAAAAAAUACAUGUUUUUGUUUUAUUUUUUUUUAAUUUAAAAAGCUUUAAGCUUGAAUUAAAAAUAAACAAAAACCAGAUAUCCUUGUUAGAAAAACAAAACAAAGAAAAUAUUUAAUUAUAGCAAAAAAAAAAAAAAAUAUUAUUUAAAACAACAAAUAGUUUCAACCAUUUAUCCAUAAAGAGGAAGCCAAGAGCCUAUUUCCCGAAGGCAUAACGACGGUGAAUGGAACUUUUUGAAUCAUGGGGAAGCCUUUGAAAUUGAUGUGAGUUAUCUCCCCUUUAAAUAAACAGAAAAGCAUUAUUAAACAAUAAUUACAAAAAAAUGUGUUAGAAAUAAAUAAACAAAAGUAAAUUAUAAAUACAUAUAUUCUUAAAAUAGAAACGAAUACAAUUUACGAAGAAAUGAUAAAAAAGAAACAAAACCAACACAGAAAAGUAUUUGAGAAAAUAAAAAGAAAUUAAUAUUUAGAAAAAAAAAA